AUGUCGAAUUCUGUAAUCCUGACUGAAGUCGCGGUUCAGGACGCCGCCAGCCAAAUCAUUGGCUCUAUCGACCUCGAAAACAUCGGUGAAGCCGAAGCCCGUAAAAUCAUGUCAGUCGAACACAAGGCACUCGGUUAUCGACCGCCACCAGGCUCUCUCGCUUCAGAAGCUCAAGCUGCUGCUGCCAAACACCCUCAUCCACCAAACCCACAACUCCAGUUGGAUGCGGAGAUUUUGAAGAAGGCAGCUCUGGAAGAUGCUGCCAAGAUUGAACGCACACGAGGAAACUCGAAUGCGUCCGAUGUAAGUUUGGGGAAGAGUAUGGUAGUCGAUGGCGUCGACUUGAGUGUUAUUGGAGAGGCUGACGCCAGAAAACUCAUGUCCGAGGAACACAAAGCAUUGGGUUAUCGCCCACCACCUGGGUCUCUCGCAGCUGACGCUCAAUCUGCCGCUGCCAAGCAUCCCGAGGGCAAAGCUAAUAUUGACCCCCAAAUACUGGCCCAGGCUGCUAUCAAGGAUGCCGCCAGGAUUUCAAGCGAACGUCGCUCGGGCUCUCACUCGCCUCCCAAGGUUGACCUCGAGAAUGUCACCGUUGAUGAGGCGAAGAAAUUACAAGCACUUGAGAACAAGUUGCUCGAAUCCACCAAAGGCACGAUUUCUGCUCAAGCACAGUCUGUUGUUGACAAGAGGGGGAAUGAGGAGAGUACUACCGAGACCACUGCAUGA